AUGCAGUUGGUAAGUCCACUGUAUUUCAGUUUCGUGCAACCGAAACUGUGUAGAGGUUCUUAUCCUAGGGAAAUUAAUCUCGCAUUUUUGAAAACUCUACAACUGAAAUAUAUUGUGUCUUUGACACCAGAUCCUAUCACUGAUAAUCCAGUACUUUCUAAAUUCUGUGAAGAACAGGGUAUUGAAGCGGUUCACAUUCGAUGCACGGGCACCUAUUCUAAGGACAAGCCAAAAGUAAAAAGGAAGAAGAAACCGGUACCUAUUGAGUACGAUGUUGUUGUUAGAUGCGUUCAAUUUCUAAUCAAUAAAAAUCAUUAUCCGUGCUAUAUCCAUUGUUCUAACGGCCAGUUAGUAACUUCUUUGGUCAUCGCUUGUCUGCGAAAGUUAUGCUACUGGAGUACGGUUUCUAUAUUCAACGAAUAUCUGACUUAUAUGUCAAGUAUUAACAUACACGAGCGGAAAUUUAUUGAGAACUUCAACUUGGAAAUUGAAGUCAACGGAUUAGACAUGACGGAUAAAGCACCCUGGAUCUUGGCGAGUAAAAUGAAAACGGCCGGUGAAAAUGACCUGCUGCCUAGCUUACGAUUUCACGGUAUAUAA